GUUUGUGUCUUCUCCGGCAUGUAUAUAUAGAGCCAAACCAGCCUGACCAUUCACUCAUGCAGAUUUGCGUCAGGUAGCUAAGGCCAAAUCGAUCAGUAGAUCAUGGGGUUCUUCAACGACACUAGUCAAGUGUUGAUGUGCCCAGGUAGCCCUGACAUCCAGAACUACGUGCGGAACCUGACCUCCUCCUACGCCGGCAGGCGCAACGAGUCAUCCGUGGUGGCCACCUCCGUCUUCAUGCUCGUCCUCGCCGCCGUCUUCUUCAACCUCAACCUCUUCAGCCGCGUCACCAACACCAGCGCCAUCCUCAACCCGACCGUCCGCCAGAUCCUCUCCUCCGCGCUCUCCCUCUUCCUCCCUGUCAUGUCAUACCUCUUCUCCGAGGCCAAGAACACCGGCGGCGACGACUUCCCGGUGCGGGCUCGGCUCAUCCUCUCGUGGAUGCUUCUCGUGGAGCUCAUCCGCAAGAAUGUGGAGGCCAUCCCCACCACCGUGGCCAUGCAGAAGGGCUAUGCCGGCAUCAUCGGCCACGCCAACAGCGUCUCCUGGCUCGGCUACCUUGUCUUCUUCAACCUCAAGGGAGCCGGCCGGGUGGCCGUGUUCGGCAUCCUCUGGAUGCUCUGCGCCGCAAAGUUCGUGCAGAGGGCCGCCUACACCGAGAUAGGCAAGCGUUCGUAUGCCUACGGCAAGAACGCGCGUCUCCUCUCCUCUUAUAUGGAUCAAAUGCUAGCACGACGACGGCAACAACAUGGAGCUGCCGUCGACGCACCUGCUCCAUUGGACAGGUUGAAGAUGUGCGAGUACCUCGUCAUGGGGGAAGAGAACCUGGUGCUGAAGCCCGGGCCCCAUGGGUACGAGCUUGACCUUGACAGGGUCGCCAUGGAGGACGACGACAUCGUCACCGUCGGCAAAAUAUGGCAACUACGUCACAAAGACAAAGAGGAGAGCCCAAGGCUCAGAAGGCUAUGCCUCUCCUUCGCACUUUUCAAGCUGCUGCGGCGUCGCUUCGAGCACCUACACCUGCCGGCCAUGACCAAGGAGGAAACCGACCACUGUCGGGACCUUAUCUUUGAAGGCCUGUGCAAAUACGAUGAUGGCGCCUCAGGACGGCCAUUAUUCCAAGUGCUCAAGGACGAGAUCAGCUUCCUGAGUGAGGACCGCCACUCUGUCCACCCCGUCGUGCUUGCGAGCCCCUACUUCUUCGUGAUCAACUACAUCACCUUCCCCAUCGUGGUAUUUGCCCUCUGCGUCAUGACCGUCAUCCUCUCCGGCAAUGGCAACAUCAACUCGACCUUUCGAAGCAUGGGGACUGACAACUAUGCCCUAUCAUCUGGCAUAUUCAAACUGACCAAAUGCCUAUGGAGAAACUUUUUCAAGUCUCCGGCAGCCUUCUUCUCCACCGUCGACAUCUCCAUCACCUACAUCCUCUUCAUUGCCGUCGUCUACGAGCAUGUGUGGGAGUACCUGGUCUUUGUGUUCUCCAACUGGUUCAUGGUGUCACUAUUGUGCAGCUACACCGCAAAGGUACGGUGGAGAAAAAGCACCACCUAUCGCGGGUGUUUCCACCGCAUCUCGUGGAUCGGUGGCAAGUUGAGCCACCGUAGCCGUAUAACCUACAAGCAGCUCUCUUUGCUGAGGGUAACCUGGCUAUCCAUGACGCUACCGACUACAUUUCUACCAAAGCAAGCAAAGGGCUCCAUAAUGGAGCGCUUCCGGUUGGCAGCAUACGGCCGUGAUGGUUACCCGGCCCAUCUUAGCAAUGGUAAAUCCAUACUAUACUCCAGGCAACAAUUUUCACAUUUGUCAUGGUUUUGUGAGAGCGAAAGUGUAGCAGAGGUCAUCAUCACCUGGCACAUUGCCACCACCCUAUUGGAGAUGGCCUAUCCAGGAUCGGCACAACACAAAGGAGGGACUUCAAGGCUGACCGAGACCGACCAUCAUAGGACCGUGGCGGCGAGGUUGUCCAAGUAUUGUUGUUAUCUUGUGGCCUUCCACCCGGAGCUGCUACCGGAUGACCGGGAAGGUACAGAGCGCGUGUACGAUGACAUGAAGAGCAAUCUCAAGGAGGUGCUGGGGAGUUGGGAUUAUUACUUUGCCCCUGAGAGAAUUCGAUACAGAAAGAUGAUGACAACAAACCACGAGAAGCUGCAUUUGGAUUGCCGGGACAACACCAUGACUAUGGUCCAGAAGGGGAUAGUGCUUGGAAAGAUGCUGGUGGAAGAGAUGGACAGAAACUAUGGGAGUGUGUGGGAAUUGUUGGCCGACCUCUGGGUAGAGUUAAUUGUGUACGUUGCGCCAUCCAGCAGCGACGAGCAUGUGGAAGGGCAGGAGGAGGCGCUAGUGCAGGGUGGCGAGCUUGUCACCUUGCUAUGGGCAUUGGCCACACACACUGGCGUAACAAGACCACCUCCUGAGUCAUUGGUUGUCACGCCGGUUGAGGACGUAGAGGACAGAGUUCGUCCUUGUGUAUAGGUUUAGCUAUCUCUAUCUUGAUUUAUAUGCACAUCCAUGUGUCCUUUAGCAAUCUAUUUAUUCAUGUAGGACACUCCUGUUUGGAAGUUUGACUAAAAAUUUCCUGUGUAAUAGUUUUGCUCAUUGUAUAGUAAUUAGCAAGGAGACGACAAUUUAAUGCUGAUUUAGCUAGAUUCUGCUUCGCUUCAUCUAAACUCCUUUUAUCAAAAUUUCCAACAUAUUCCCACUAAUCAGGGAAACUUGUGCACCAACAUAUUUGUAAGGGGUUGUCUAAACGUCA